AUGUUCGAGGCCGGUCAAUCUCAUGCAUCUGCUCCUCCCUCAACGAGAGUUCUUUCUCCCACCAAUUCGACAAAGAGACGUUUCACUGUCACUGCUCGUGCGGCCGCUCAAUUCAAGUCUCCUCUGUCUUUCAUCAGUAUGGCGAAUUCCUCUCCCUCCCUCCCUCAGGUUCGCUUGACUCCUAAUAUGCAAUCGCUCGAGCGAAAAAUACAAAUCCUCAAGAGAGCUCUCAAAGUGAAGAAAGAUAAUGAGGAAAAAAUACUGGCUGAUCUGACAGCACGGUGGACAGAAGCUGGGAGGGAGGUCGCUUGGGAAGUUUGGGAAUUGGUCAAAAAUAACGGGGAUUCUCCAAAUGCACAUGGUAGCAGCAGCUUGGGCAGCAAGAGAGCACUCAACGAUAGUUGGGGGUGGGAUGUUCAAGGAGAUCAAAAACGUGUCAAGUCUGAAGAUUCAUGGGGUUGGAGUACAGCAGAUCAAACUCGAGAGACAGAUGAAACUGUAAUAUUGCAAGACGAAAACGCAAAGCCGAAAAUAGAGGACGAAGAAGAAGAGAGGAUAGAGUAUACGUUAGGCACAAUGCUGAGGCGCCUAGGUAUUGAUCCUGCCACCCUUGGCUGGGAUGACGGAAAUUGUGUCUUCGAAGAUCCUUAG